GAGAGAUUGACUAGACGGCCGACCUGUUAAGGUGGCCCCAGAUAUUCCAGCCUCAGCCCAGAGUCCUCCUGUGCCCCUACUGCAGCAAGGGGGUCUCCAAGAAGGGGGACCCGGAGUCAGCCCAUCACACCUGGUUUCCUCUCUGCUAGAGUCCUUCAUCCCACAGAGCGCUAGAGGGCAGCUGAGGAGGAGCUACCUUAAAAAAGGAGGUGUGUGCCAGGGAGCUGGGUAGGAGCCUGGCUAUAUCUGCCCAGCAGCGGUACUCUCAGGACAGAGAUGGCACUGAUGCAGGAACUGUAUAGCACACCAGCCUCCAGGCUGGACUCCUUCGUGGCUCAGUGGCUGCAGCCCCACCGGGAGUGGAAGGAAGAGGUGCUAGACGCUGUGCGGACAGUGGAGGAGUUUCUGAGGCAGGAGCAUUUCCAGGGGAAGCGUGGGCUGGACCAGCAUGUGCAGGUGCUGAAGGUAAUCAAGGUGGGCUCCUUCGGGAAUGGCACGAUUCUCAGGAGCACCAGAGAGGUGGAGCUGGUGGCGUUUCUGAGCUGUUUCCACAGCUUCCAGGAGGCAGCCAAGCAUCACCAAGAUGUUCUGAGGCUGAUAUGGAAAACCAUGUGCCAAAGCCAGGACCUGCUGGACCUCGGACUCGAGGACCUGAGGGUGGAGCAGAGGGUCCCCGAUGCUCUCGUCUUCACCAUCCAGACCAGGGGGACUGCGGAGCCCAUCACGGUCACCAUUGUGCCUGCCUACAGAGCCCUGGGGCCUUCUCUUCCCAACUCCCAGCCACCCCCUGAGGUCUAUGUGAGCCUGAUCGAGGCCUGCGGUGGCCCUGGAAAUUUCUCCCCUUCCUUCAGCGAGCUGCAGAGAAAUUUCGUGAAACAUCGGCCAACUAAGCUGAAGAGCCUCCUGCGCCUGGUGAAACACUGGUACCAGCAGUAUGUGAAAGCCAGGUCCCCCAGGGCCAAUCUGCCCCCUCUCUACGCUCUUGAACUUCUAACCAUCUAUGCCUGGGAAAUGGGUACUGAAGAAGACGAGAAUUUCAUGUUGGACGAAGGCUUCACCACUGUGAUGGACCUGCUCUUGGAGUAUGAAGUCAUCUGUAUCUACUGGACCAAGUACUACACACUCCACAAUGCAAUCAUUGAGGAUUGUGUCAGAAAACAGCUCAAAAAAGAGAGGCCCAUCAUCCUGGAUCCGGCCGACCCCACCCACAACGUAGCGGAAGGGUACAGAUGGGACAUCGUCGCUCAGAGGGCCUGCCAGUGCCUGAAACAGGACUGUUGCUAUGACAACAGGGAGAACCCCAUCUCCAGCUGGAACGUGAAGAGGGCACGAGACAUCCAUUUGACAGUGGAGCAGAGGGGUUACCCAGAUUUCAACCUCAUCGUGAACCCUUAUGAGCCCAUAAGGAAGGUUAAAGAGAAAAUCCGGAGGACCAGGGGCUACUCUGGCCUGCAGCGUCUGUCCUUCCAGGUUCCUGGCAGUGAGAGGCAGCUUCUCAGCAGCAGGUGCUCCUUAGCCAAAUAUGGGAUCUUCUCCCACACUCACAUCUAUCUGCUGGAGACCACCCCCCCCGAGAUCCAGGUCUUCGUGAAGAAUCCUGAUGGUAGGAGCUACGCCUAUGCCAUCGACCCCAACAGCUUCAUCCUGGGUCUGAAGCAGCAGAUUGAAGACCAGCAGGGGCUUCCUAAAAAGCAGCAGCAGCUGGAAUUCCAAGGCCAAGUCCUGCAGGACUGGUUGGGUCUGGGGAUUUAUGGCAUCCAAGACAGUGACACUCUCAUCCUCUCUAAGAAGAAAGGAGAGGCUCUGUUUCCAGCCAGUUAGUUUUCUCUGGGAAACUUCUCUGUACAUUUCUGCCAUCUACUCCAGAAUUCAUCCUGUCAAUCACUCUGUCCCAUUGUCUACUGGGAAGGUCCCAGGUCUUCACCAGUUUUACAAUGAGUUAUCCCAGGCCGGAUGUGGUAGCUCACACCUGUAAUCCCAGAACUUUGGGAGGCCGAGGUGGGAGGAGCGCUUGAGCCAAGGAGUUCAAGACCAGCCUGGGUAUCAUAGGGAGACCCCGUCCCUAUGAAAUAAAAAAUAAUUCAUUGGG